AUGAGUGCAAUGCAAACGACCUUCCUACGAUCAUCAGCAUCAGCUCUAGCUGGUCCUUCGCGAAAUCUGAGACCUAGAACCGUUUACUGUAGAUGUCUCACGACUUCCUCGACAACACAGUCGGGACAUAACAGAUGGUCCAAGAUCAGGCAUAAGAAAGGAGCAGUGGAUAAAGAGAGAGGAGCGUUAUUCGCCAAAUUAUCAAGGGAAAUAAUAACAGCGAUGAAACCACCUUUAUCCCCCGACCCAUCAUUCAACUCCAAACUCGCUACCGCCCUUCAACGAGCCAAGGAACAAGGACUCACAAAACAGGGUAUAGAAAAUGCUAUGGCCAAAGCGAAGAGUGCUUCGGACGGGACGGGUCAGAACGUAGUUUAUGAGGCGGUAGCUCCGGGUGGUAAAGUUGUUAUGCUCGUAGAAUGUAUAACCUCUAAUCCAGCUAGGACAGUCAAAAGAGUUAAAGAGAUAUUAUCGAAGAACGGGGCACGUACAUCGCCUGUACUAUUCAUGUUCAACAAACAGGGUUUAAUUGUGUUGAAGGCAGAGAACACAUCGAAGGAAGCAGGAUUUGAUCAUCUGUUUGACAUCGCCGUGGAGAAUGGUGCAGAGGAUGUGAGGGAAGUGGAGAGUGAAGAGGGAGGAGUGGAAUAUGAGAUCUCAAUCCCCACAUCGUCACUCUCAUCACUGACAACCCUCCUAUCAUCCCCACCCCAUACGGAGCAUUACGCUGUCCAAACUUCAGAUUUAGUCUACGUACCCACCGAUCCACUUCAGAUAUUGGAGGGAACAUCAGAUGGAGAGGCAGAAGGGAUAGAUGAAGAUACAGCUGAGAACAUAUUCAGGAUAGUGGAUUUGCUGGAAGAAGAGAACGAUGUGGUCAAAGUUUGGACCAAUUUGGCUGAUGAUUAG